GAAACGCGACUCAAGUGUUGAGUUGACUGAUUGUGGUAUUCGCGUUUAUGUUCUGAUUUUUUUGUUUUCACUUAGUUUUAAGUUCGUUUACCUAAUGUUUUUGCUAGAACUGUAGUUUUAGGAUGACAAUGGAAAGGAGGAUAAAGUUGAAAACCCUCAACAGUCACAUAACUUGCAAGAUAUGUCGAGGAUACUUCAUUGACGCCACCACCGUCACAGAAUGCCUACAUACGUUCUGCAAAAGCUGCCUUGUGAAACACCUAGAAGAGAACAACACAUGCCCAACAUGUAACAUAGUGAUCCACCAGUCCCACCCGCUCCAAUACAUUAGCUUCGACAGGACUAUGCAGGACAUCGUCUACAAACUAGUGCCCGACUUACAGGAUAAUGAGUUAAAACGGGAGCGUGAUUUCUACCGAGCCCGAAACUUGCCCUGUCCCAAAGAUGCUGCUCUAGCAAAUGAUAAACCGGGCGCUGGAGACGAGCCAGAACAGCCAGACAACACGGACUGUCACAGGAAAGAUGAACAGGUUAAUGUCUGCCUCGAAUGCAUAUCAACGUCCCUCCGAACACUGAAGAGGAGCUUCAUCCGCUGCUCUGCGCAGGCCACAAUCACUCACCUCAAGAAGUUUGUAGCUAAGAAAGUUUUAAAUGGGAUUGAGAAAUAUAGAGAAAUUGACAUCCUCUGCAACGACGAGCUCCUAGGUAAGGACCACACGUUGAAAUUUGUGUACGUCACGCGGUGGCGCUUCCGCGAUCCUCCGCUACGGUUGCAGUACCGGCCCAAGAUAGACUUAUAAAUGCUUAGUGAGCCUAUUCUUUAACUCAUUCUCAUAAAUUAAUCGAAACUUUCACAAAAAGCAUGUCAUUACCGUUUUUCGUCUAACCGAUGAUCCAAAUAUUAUCGUUAUUUAUCGUACAUUUACCAUGCAAGUACUAGUAAACUAAUUAAAAUCAAUGUUAGCGCAGUCACAAACUGCAACUGCUAUUCUUUGCUGUGAUCCGAUUGCUGCACAAACAAACAUUCUUAAUUUGAUUGCAACGGGACUAAGUUAAGUAUUGUGAAAGGCAAUAUAAUAUUAUGGGAAUGGAGUUUUAGAAUAAACAACAAAAUAAAGGCUGCUGUCAAGGCUGGAGUAGAUCUAAAACUUCAAUUUUACUUUGAGUUGUGUAAUUUUAACCGUUACAAGCCAAUGGUAUUGUUUUAGUUUAACGAUAACUCAGGGUUUUAGGUGUACAAAUAAUUUCCUAGGUGUCUAAUUAAUUUACAUUAUAUUUUUAUUUACGUAAAUGAAAUAAAAUUCUUCAUUUAUUUCGUGCCGUUUACUUAGAUAUUUUAGAUCUGCUACGGAAAAUUAUCAGCCAUUUUUAAUGUGAAUAAAAUAUGUAUAUCUAUCAUUAUUUAAAACUCAUAUGAACAUUGUAACAUUAUACUUUAAGAUUUGUAACAGAAAUUAACGAAUUUAUUGCUAAACAUUUUUGUAUAAAAAAUUGAAAGUUGUGAUAUAGAGGUUCACAUACUGUUAGUAUACUGCAUAAUAACUUACUAAUUUAAACGUGGUGGCGAUAAUGAUAGGCUAAGAAACACGUAACAUUAUGUAAUAAGCAUAAUAGCUAUUGUUUACAAAAAUGAUGUUGACGAUGGCUGAGUAUGAUGAGGAACAUUAUCUUAUGUAGUCUUGAUUGUGAAUCCAGUUUUUGACGAUAUAAAUUAACAAGUUUUCAACAGAUUGCUGACACAAUGUGAUCAUACGCAAUCGAUUACAAAUUAUUUUGUCUUUAAAAAACUGGGUCUUGUGUAUAUAGGAACGCGAAACGAUCUGCACUCAUGAGGAAUUCGAUUAUGAAUCUAUCUUAUGAUUGUUUUCACUGUAAUACUAACGGCACAUUAAGACAGACAAUGAACCUAAGCAGUUGUAACAUGCAAUUCUAUACCAUGUUAUUAUAAAAAUAUUAUUAAAUGUACAGUCAGCGUCAAAUAGUUCGUGACACACAAAGUAGCCAAUAAGUUCGCAACACGUUUAAGUUGCAUUUGGAAUAAGGUUGUAUUAAACACUUUUUAGUCUCUUGGGUUGUCACAAAUUAUUUGUCUCCGACUAU